CCUCGCUGCUAGUUCUAAAGUAUCGGUGACAGUUAUAGGAGUCAAUAGGCACCAUGCUCCGAAUAUGCUUGGCAUUUCUAAUCCUUUGUAUCUCUGUUCUGUACUGUACUGGUAAUUCCAAUUUUGACUACCGUAGACCCAUUAAAGUCAAAAUAGAUUGUUGUGAAUCAGUAUCUAAAGCAAGGAUUAAAGAAAUAACCACUUUCAAGAGACAAUCUGCUGCUGAUAAGUGUGUCGAGGCUGUCAUAUUCCAUACCAAAAACAACGGGUCCUUCUGCUCUGACCCAAAGGCAAAGUGGGUGAGGAGAACGAUUAGGAAGAUGGAAAAUAAAGGCACUUUAGGACCUAGGGGUGGAAAGAAAGGCGGAAGGAAGGGAGGGAACAAUCAAAAGAAGAAAACAUCUAACAAAACAAAUCCAACUAUGGCACCAUGAAAAUCCCGAAAAUUGCUGCUAGACUAGUCAUAUGGGGGUACUGACCCAGAAUGCUUUGCAGUGCAACAGUGAUUCAAGGUCACAUAGCUUUCCACGUUGAAGAAUUCCAAAAACUGCUAUUUAUGUUUUAUUAUUGUUUUUACUGGAUAUGCAUAUUUUAUGUUUUAUAUUUUUUUCUAUUUAUUAAAUUAUCAGUUUAAAUGUUUUUCUAAAGUUAAAAUCACAGUUGUUGCUUAACUUGAAGAAGUGUAAGUUUUUACAGAACAAAGUAUUUUUAUGAAAAUGUGUUCACUGGCUUUCUCUAGGAGUAUGUGCAAUAUAUUGUUCUUUUUUUAUUAUUUAUUUAUUUUUUCCUUUUUUUAUUUUUUUUAAGUUGCAAAAAAAUCUAUAUAUUUGCAAUAAGGUGUAUUAAAUGUCUAGACAGAUGAGAGGUUUAUCUAGGGAAGGGAGGACAAAUUUUGGUCCAGGGACCAAGUGCAGAUGGUUCUACUCAGGUGGAGGAUGCAAUAUACUGCAUAUAGAUUUGACAGAUUGAGGCUACUGAAGGUUUAAAACGGGGUGCCCAAAAGGUGACUGUAGUUCCUCAACAUCUGGGUAUCUAUUUUUUGAGCACCCAUGGUUUAAGAUGUGCAACCUCCAUCAGUUUAACAUGAACAGCAUGAAAGCACAAUCACAGAAAACCGUGAAUUCCUUAGAGAUGCAGACUCUGUUUCCUAUUGUCUCUACUGCGACCAAUGACGACUGGUAUGGGUUAUGUGUGUCAUGAUCACUGUCUCAUUUCACCGUAUGGUCACUGGAAACAUUCCAAGGACAUAAUACAUAUUCAACCUAGCCUGGAAGCCCUAUCAGUCACAGAUUCAGUAGUCCACCAGGAAAUAUCUCAGUACGAAUCCUGACCUCAAUAGCAGUAGAAGUCUGUAAACAGACAUCCCAACACACCUUUUUUAACUUUCAGAUAAAUGGUUUGAAGCAGCAGCCCACAUCCCCCUUGUUAGCUUUUCCAGGUUGGUGGAAAAGGGGGCAGUUUCCCCCUUCUCCUCUUUCCAAGCUUCCCAUGACUGUAUUAAAUACUGAGAACAAUAUGCUGGUGUAAUCUUCAAUAAAAUAAGUAGGAGCAGAAAAGCAAUAGUUGUAUAUUUCCUUAGGAAUUUGCUUGAAUUCUAAGAACUGUCUGUUGAAAUUUCAUCUGUAUCCUUUCAAAAGGAUGUCCAGGGCUUCAAGCAGUACCGUGGAUAUAUCAGUUUUACAGUGCGAUGCAGCAAUCAUUCAAAAUGCUGAUACGAGCACUAAUAUUGCCAUUCAACAAUAAAAGCAUUUUACAUGUACACAGUAUUCUGCAAAUAUUCCUGCCCACUCGUUCACUCAAAUUGCUAGGUGCUCCUGUGACUUUAUCCUGUGAUAUCAGCAAGAACAGGGGCAAAUUCAUGCCAAACACAACCUGUUUGGGUGGAUAGAAAGGGAGUUUCUCUACUUAAUAUUUAGCUUUUUAGUACCUAUAAUGGGUACUAUAUAAUAAUCAUAUAAUGAUGUGCCUAAUCCAGUAAAAUUCUCUUUGCUAUAACAGUUGCCAAAAGUUCUGUUUGCUAAGCUCUGCUAGAACCCAGGGAUUGUUGAAUCAAAUGUGUAGGAGAAAAAACAGCAGCAUAUCAAAAAUCUAUAAACAAAAAUGAAAGCAUUAUACUGAGACUAACUCAACGGUUAUGUUGGUGCCACAUGAGUGUGAAGGACUGAAUUUGGACUUUAUGUUCCAACGGAGAAACAGAUAUGAACAAAAUGCACUCCUUUUUGAAAGGUUAUUUUUUUCUUGGCCGAUGUCAAAACCAUUGUGUGAAAAUAAGUUAUCAUUGACAUAGGUAAUAAUCUGAAACAGAGCGAUGGAUUCUGCCUGAUUCUGCCUGAGUUGUCUGUGUGUGACCAACAAUAAACAUGGGUUUUUU